AUGGAGUCUAUCCAGCUCAAAGCAAGUCCUGCAACUGACAUAUGGCGCAAACCACCUACAAGAGACGUCUCUAACGCACCCAUACACUUAACGAAACUAAACUCCCAAUCAUUCCAUCGUGCACGAGUAACCGUGUCUGCUCCAUGGACGAGAUUAUACGAUCAGGGCGGUCUCCUCAUUCUCCUUCCUACAUCCACCCUAGGCUCGAAACGCACCCGGGCUAAAGCCGGAAUCGAAUAUGUAGGCGGCCGGGCAAACCUCUCUGUCGUCGCUGCUCGGGAAUGGGCGGAUUGGAGUCUCAGUGCACUUGACGACAAUGCCGACUCCGUCACUAUUGAAUUCGAAAGAGAAGAGAUUAACACAGAGACGGAAAAAGGCUCCAGUCUAUUUGUAUACGUCGUGAAAAAUGGGAAACGCGACGAGUUGCCUGUGAGAGAAGUGACAUGGGCGUUCGAACAGGAGGGAGAGAUCGAAGUUGGGGUAUAUGCUGCACGUCCGACGAAGAACGGCGAAAUCGACAAAGACGAGCUUGUUGUAGACCUCAAGGAUUUUCAGUCUCUCUCCAGAACAUAAUAUUCUUAAGGCACGUUAUGGGAGAACAAUUGUCAAGAAACAAUGAAAGAAUAUGACAGGACUCGAUUUUGGAAAUUGAUUACGAUUUUAUUUGCUGAACAAACAUAUUUUCAUGGGAAAAGGAAGGAAAUCAGACUUGAAAUACUUUAAAAGAAAAUGAAAGG